UACCUACUAGAAAGAAAUUAUUAACACUUUACAUGUAUUUGUCUAAUUUGUUCCCCUUUGUGGUUAUCCUUGCAUGUACAAAUAAGACAUGAGGAGAGAAAAUUUAAUAGAAGUUCUGACACCGUGAAGGGUAAAGAUCACUGAACAAUUGGUAGAAUGUUUGGGUUACACAGGGGCAUGUCAUAUUCACACAUCUGGGUUAUCGUCCACAUCUCCAGCGAAUCCAGGCACACGCAGCUAACAGCCCAUUUCUCUAUCCCUUAUCGACUCAGAAGGUCCAAGAGACAAUGAAAUCAGUCCCAUUUGUCAUGUGUCUAUUUUCUCAGAAGAAAACAAACCAGAGACAAAAUCUGCGAUGAAUUCAUAGCUAGAAAUGACUCUUCUUUUUAUUCCAUUUUCCAUAAUCAAGAUUGCUGGACCUAGGAGACAUUUUCUUUGCUCAAUAGAAUUAAACGAGAUGGAAAAUCAAUUCAAUAUAUAUUUAAUGAACAUCUACAGAGUAGUAGGAGUAAAAAUAUUACAACUUAGAAUAUGAAUUCCUAUAGGUAGCCCAGCAGUUGAAUCAUUUCCUGAAAAAUUACUGCUGCUUUUGUCUUGCUGGAUUGGAGAGUUGUUGACUUUUUUUUUUUUCUAAACAAAUCUUCAAGUUUCCUGCUAGCAGUUUAGAGGUUGAGCUGUUUCUUCACUGAUGCACGUCUCUCCAGACUUUUAUGAUUUUUCUCUCUCAACUGGACGUGAAAGAUAAUCAAUGGAGCUAAGUGACAGUGCCCUUUAUUCCCUAUUAGAGUUGCCUACUAUACCCCAAGUUCACAAAGACCACAGACAGCAGCCAAAAGAGUCUUCUUCCAGGCCCUCUCUUUCUUGUUAUGUGGCAACAGCUUUGGGGCUUCUGACCGUAAUUCUUGUGAGUUUGCUGCUAUAUCAGUGGAUUCUGUACAAGGGCUCCAGCUACUCCACCUGUGCCAGUUGUCCUAGCUGCCCAGACCUCUGGAUGAGAUAUGGUGACUAUUGUUAUUACUUUUCGGUGGAAAAAAAUGACUGGAAUUCUAGUCUGGAAUUCUGCUUAGCCAAAGACUCACAUCUUCUUAUGCUUACGGAUAAUCAGGAAAUGAGCCUCCUCAAAAAUUUCCUCCAUAAUGACUUUCACUGGGUUGGUCUGAGGAACAAUUUUGGUUGGAGGUGGGAAGACGGAUCAGCCCUAAACUUUUCAAGGGUUUAUUCCAACAGCUUUGUACAGACGUGUGGGACCAUCAGCAAAGCUGGUCUCCAAGCCUCUAGCUGUGAAGUUCUUUUACAGUGGGUCUGUAAGAAGGUCAGACUUUGAUGGAUGGUCACUCUGUCUGGACCCUCAGAUCUGUCUUACAACUCCUGAAAAAGGGGGAGCUGGCCACUUAGUAUUGGGACAACCAUGAGUAUAUAUUUAGUGAAUGCUGAAUCUUCUAGUAUAUGGUAUUAGAGGUAAGAUUAAUGUAGCCUCCCAAGGAUUGAUGCUUUACUGCUGACUAUCUUUGAGACUAUUUUGAUAUUAUAUUAGUGAUGAAAGAAAAUUUGUGAAAUAGAUAUAGUUUGUUCUUAGUAUUUCUCUAGCAACUAAUGCUGACUCUCUCAUGCCUACCCCUACCAUCUCUGUCAUGCCUACCCCUAUCUUUUCUAUACUGUAAUUUCAGGUUAUCUGAUAAAAUCUGUGCAAAUAUACUAUUGCUAAAGUUCUAGAGGAUUUUUAUAUGUUCUAAAGGGUUAACAUGUUACUUCUCCCAGAUAAUAAAUUUUUACUCUUAAUAGUGGCCCUUUGCAGAUAGAGCUUAACUCUAAAAAUUAAUGUUAAUGAUGAGAAUAUAAAUUGUGGGAAGUAGGUGAGGACUGGGUGGCACUUUACAGUUCUCAGCUCUUCACACUUUCAUAAACACCUUGCCUUGAUUUAUGAAUAUGUGUAUAUGUGCUGUGUGACCAACAGAACCAAUGUGUGACUGUACCUUUUCCACACUUUGAAUGUGUGAUUUGCAUGUUAUGCGAUUUCACUACAUUCAUCCGUAUGAUGAGGCAUUUUCAUAGAGGAAAGUUUAAAGAGGCAGUUUAUAUGAUUGAGUCCCUAGAUUAUUAUUUUUUUUGUAUGAAUCAUUUUCUUUUCAUAAACACAGUAAAAUAGUUUUUAUUGGGUUUACAGGAUUGGUCUGUAUACAAUUACAGUGAGUCUUGGUAACAUUUAUUACAAUGCCAUUUCCUUACAUACAGUAGUUUGUAAAUACUUGAGUUUUAUAUUUUGUUAGGGGCUGGGCCCACAUAGGUUUUUUUUUUUUUUAAUUGUCUUUAGGUGAAAGUUUACAGCUUAAGCUAAUCUCUCAUACAAAAAUUUAUAAACUUAUUGCUAUGUAACAUUAGUUGCAAUCACUAUAAUGUAAUAGUACACUCCCCCUUUCCACCUUGGGUUGCCUGUGUCCAUUCAACCAGCUCCUGUCCCUUCCUGUUCUCAUUCUGCCUCAGGACAGGAGCCACCCCUUUGGUCUCCUGUAUCUACUUGAACUAAGAAAAACACUCUUCACGAGUAUUAUUUUAUGUUUUAUAGUCCAGUCUAAUCUUUGAAGAGUAGGCUUCGGGAAUGGUUUUAGUUCUGGGUUAAUAGAAUGUCCGGGGGCCAUGGCUUUGAGGGUUCCUCCUGUCUCAGUUAGAUCAUUAAGCCUGGUCUUUUUCCAUGAAUUUGAGUUCUGCUCUGUACUUUUUUUUCUCCUGCUCCACCAAGGACUCUCUGUUGUGUUCCCUAUCAGGGAGGUCAUUAGUGGUAGCUGGGCACCAUCUAGUUCUUCUGGUCUCAGGCUGAUGGAGUCUCUGAUUUAUGUGGCCCUUUUGUCUCUUGGGUUAAUAUUUUCCUGGUGUCUUUGGUGUUCUUCAUUCUCCUUUGUUUCAAGUGGGUUGGGACCAAAUGAUGCAUCUUAGAUGGUGGCUCACAAGCUUUUAAGACCCCAGAUGCCACUCACCAAAGUGGGAUGCAGAACAUUUUCUUAAACUUUGUUAUACUGAUUGACCGAGAUGCCCCCAAGCCCUCACCCCUGCUACUCUGUCCCUUGAAGUGUUUAGGUUGUGUUCAGGAGCCCAGAUUAGUUUAGGCACUAUGCUUCAAAAAUGAGAAGGGCUUUAUUGUUUCUUCUAAAUUGGGUUUGGACAUAGAUAAGGAAGGAAGAUGAUGUUUACAUUCCCGGAAGGCAGUAAUGGAGGGGACCAUAAUACUGUAGUAUUGAUGACACUGGAUUGUGAUCUUCUUAUUUGUCUUUCUCUUCUGUAGUUCUUUUAGAGUGUGGACUAUAUCUUAUUUACCACUGUAUCUCAAGCAUCUAAGGUAGUAAAUAUUAGAUCAAUGAAUGGAUGAAUAAAAAUAUAAGAAUAUUUUAUUUUUAUUUUAGUUUUUUCAGUUAGUCCAAGUUGGUUACAGGGAUUAAGGGCAAGAAAGAGUAUAUCCUAAUCCUUUCUUAUCUACCCAUCCUGUUGCUGUUGAGUUGAUUUCGUGACCCUAUAGUACAGAGUAGAACUGCCCCAUAGGGUUUCCAAGGCUGUUAUCUUUAUGGAGGCAGAUUGCCACAUCUUUCUCCCAAAGAGUGGCUGGUGAGUUAGCAGCUGAGCAUUUAACCACUCUGUCACCAGGGAUAUGAGCAGUCAAUAGCUGAUUUUGAAAAAGCGAAGGGCCAGUUAAUAUGAAUGUAAUGUUCAUAGAAGGAAGUGGUGGAAACAAGCUCCCAUACCCUAUCAUCUCUUAUGUUUGGUUCUGGAGUAAAAUGUUCUUGGGAUUAGGGCAGGUACCUAUUGGUUAUGGAUGUGAUAGCAACUCCCACUUGGUUAAAGAUGUAAUGAUAGUGAUUCCACUAGAGCCAUGGCUUGGCUGCUACAGGAUAUACAAUCCCAUUUAGCUAUUUAAAGAGAAACCCAGGAGUACAGUAGGCUCUUAAAUUUUCUCCUGGACAGGCAGGAUGUGUGCAGUUGCGCUCUGUGAAUAGGUUUGUCUUCUUGUAAGGAUUUUUGCUCCUUCUCAUCAGAAUUGGGUCUAGCGCUUACUGCUUUGUUUCCCCUAUGAGUAUUACAUUGGAAGCAGUAGCUUAUUUCGUUGUCAUUUAUUUGGUCCUUUAACUUAUUUGUUAGGGUCCAGGGCCAGUUAUACUUCCUGGGUGGUGCAAAUGGUUAAGUGCUCAACUAUUAACUGAAACGUUGACAGUUUGAACCUACCCAGAAGUACCUCAGAAGAAAGGCCUGGUGAUCUAUUUCUAAAAAACUAGCCAUUGAAACCUUAUGGAGCACAGUUCUACCCUGACAUACAUGGGGUCACCACGAACUGCUCCAUAGGGUUUUCAAGGCUGUCUUGGUUAUCGAGUGCUGUUAUAACAGAAAUACCACAAGUGGAUGGCUUUAACAAGGAGAAAUUUAUUUUCUCACAGUCUAGGAGGCUGGAAGUCUGAAUUCAGGGUGCCAGCUCCAGGAGAAGGCUUUCUCUCUCUUUCGCCUCUGGGGAAGGUCCUUGUCAUCAAUCUUCCCUGGUUGAGGAGCUUCUCAGUGCAGAGACUGGGGGUCCAAAGGACACACUAUUCUCCUGGCUCUUGUUUUCUGGUAGUGUGAGGUCCCCCUGUCUCUCUCUACUUGUUUCUCUCUUUUAUAUCUCAAAAAAGAUUCACUUAAGAAACAACCUAAUCUUAUAGAUUGAGUUCUGCCUCAAUAACAUAACUACCUAUAAUCCUGCCUCAUUAACUUCAUAGAGGCAGAAUUUACAACACAUAGGAAAAUCACAUCAGAUGACAAAAUGGUGGGCAAUCACACAAUCCUGGGAGUCAUAGCCUAGCCAAGUUGACACACAUUUUUGGGGAACACAGUUCAAUCCAUGACAAAGGUAUGACCUUUUGAAAGCAGAUCACCAGAACUGUCUUCUGAGGUGCCUCUGGGUACCUUUAAUCUGUUAACUUUUUGGCCAUUUGCACCACCCAGGGACUAUUUGAGUUGGACUCCAGACUUCAAGUUCUCCUUUCCAUCCCUAACUUGCAAAGAAAUGUUCAGCACCUCUUUGUGGUGAACAGGGAAGGGGGUGAUGAUCUUUUUUUAAAAAAAUAUUUUAUUGUGAUUUGGAGAAAAUUUACAUAGCAAAUUAGGUUCUCAUUUAGUAAUUUCUAUGCAUACUAUUCAGUGACAUUGGUUAUACUUUUCACAAUGUGUCAGCAUUCUCAUUAUUUUUGUUCUGGUUGUUCUGUUUCCAUUAAUCUAGCUUCUUUGUCCCCCCCUUAAUUUCUCAUCUUUGGUCUGGGGUUAAUGUUGACCAUUAAGUCUCAUUUAGAUGAUUGUUUAGAGGAGCACAGUACUCACAGGUGAUGUCAUGGAUUGAAUUGUGUCCCGCCAAAAUAUCUAUCAACUUGGCUAAGUCAUGAUUCCCAGGAUUGUGUGAUUGCCCACCAUUUUGUCAUCUGAUGUGAUUUCCCUAUGUGUUGUAAACCCUAUCACUAUGAUGUAAUGAGAUGGAUUAGUGGCAGUUAUAUUGAUGAGAUAUACAAGAUUAGAUCGUGUCUUAAGCCAAUGUUUUUUGAGAUAUAAAAGAGAGAAGUGAGCAGAGAGACAUGCGGACCUCAUACUACCAAGAAAGCAGUGCUGGGAGCAGAGUGUGUCCUUUGGAACUGAGGUUCCUACGCAGAGAAGCUACUAGACUAAGGGAAGAUUAAUGACACUGACUUCCUCCAGAGCCAACAGAGAAAGCCUUCACCUGAACUGAUGCCCUGAAUUUGGACUUGUGACCUACUAGAUUGUGAGAGAAUAAAAUUCUCUUUGUUAAAGCCAUCUACUUGUGGUAUUUCUGUUACAGCAGCACUAGAUGACUAAGACAGGUGAUAUUAUUUAUUUUAUGAGCCACUCUGUCUUUUGGCUAAUAGGUGACCUCUAGAAGUGGCUUGAGUUCCAAGUUUAAAGGGUGUCCCAGGGCAGUAGUUCUGAAGGUUCUUCUAGCCUCUACUGGCCCAGUAAGUCUGGCCUUUUUUAGAAAUUUGAGUUUUGUUCUACAUUUUUUUCCCCACUCUAUCCAGGACCAUCUAUUGUGUCUCUGGUCAGAAAGGUUGGUUGUAGUAGCAGGGCACCAUCUAGUUCUUCUGGUCUCAAAGUAGGUGAGGCUAUGGUUUGUGUAGAUCGUUAGUCCUAUAGAUUAGUUUCUUCUUUGAGUCUUUGGUUUUCUUCUUUCUGUUUUGUUCCAGAUGUGUAGAGACCAAUAGUUGAAACUUAGAUGGCUGCUUUCAAGCUUUUAAGACCCCAGACGCUACUCACCAAACUAGGAUGUAGAACAUUAUCUUUAUGAGCUAUGUAAUGCCAAUUGACCCAGUUGCCGCUCAAGACUAAGGGUUCUAAACUCUCAAACCCAAGAACCCAAUCCCAUAAGGUGUUUGGUUAUGUCUAGAAAGCAUCCAUAACUGUGUCCUCUAUGUGCUUUAUUUUAUAUAUGAAUAUAUAUGCAGCACAUGUGAACCUGUAUAUACAUUUGCCUAUAGAAAUACCUAUACAUGUGAACCCGUAUAUUCAUAUGUAUUUACCUGUAUGUAUACAUCUACCAAACCCUGGUGGCAUAGUGGUUAAGAGCUACAGCUGCUAACCAAAAGGUUGGCAGUUGGAAUCCACCAGGCGCUCCUUGGAAACUCUAUGGGGCAGUUCUACUCUGUCCUAUAGGGUCGUUAUGCGUCGGAAUCAACUCUAUGGCAGUGGGCUUUGUUUUUUUUUUUGGUAUGUAACCAAACACAUAUUUUUUGGUUAUUACGAUUGUUGCAAUGUCAUGUGUCUUUUGACAUAUUUUUUUAUUCAGUCAAAUUUAAUCUAUCCUUUCAUUUAUGACUUUGGAUCUGUGAUAUAUUUAGAAAAACCUCCCCCCUUUAAGAUUAUAUGAAACAGCUGUCUCUUCUUUCAGUGCUUUUAUUGUUUCAUUAUUCAUAUUACUGGGAAAAAAAAAGAUAUUUUAGUUUUGAUUUAUUUUGCUGCAAGAUAGAAAUAAGGAUCUCACUUUAUUUUCUCCCACAGGCUGCUCAGUUUUCACAAAUUCGGUUAAUGCAUAAGCUAUUUUUACCCCAUUGUUUUGAUAUUUCACCUUUAACAUAAACUAAAUUCCUAUAUGCAUUUAGGAAUACUUCUAGACUUUCUGUUCUGUCUUACUACUAUGACUGUGUCUUUAUCAGCUGGGUACCAUGCUUUAUAUUUCCUAUCUUAUGAAGCCAAGCCUCCUUACUGCUCUUCUUUUUCAGAAUUUUCUCAGAUAUUCUUAUUUAUUUUUUCACGUGAAUUUCAGAAUCAGGUUAUCUAAUUUCAAAAGAAAAUACUGCUAUUUUUGUUAGGACAUCAUUAAACCUCUGGGUGACUUUACAGAUUAAACUCAUAGAUUAACUGUAUAAUGCUGAAUCUUCAUACUCAAGGACAGGGUAGGUCUUUUUGUAUGUUCACGUCUUCUUCUGUGUUUUUCAGGAGCACAUUAAAAUUUUCUUCAUGUGAAUAGUUCAUAUUUCUUGUUAAGUUUAUUUCAAAUUAUUUUAAUUAAUUUUUUUUCUGUGAUCACAAAUGCUGUAUUUCCUUUGUUAUAUCUUUUUACUGAUUGUUUUUACAUAAAUGAAUAUUAUUUGUUUCUGUACCUUAAUUUUGUUACCACCUUACUGAAUUCUUGUGUUGUUUCUAACGGUUUUUCAGUUGAUUCUAGUGCAUUUUUUAGGCAAGCAAUCAUAUAAUCUGUAAAGAAUUAUAACUUUAUAUUCAUAGAUCUUACUUCUUUCUCUUGGUUCAUUGCAUUGCUUAAAAUCUUCAGAACAAUGUUAAAUAAUAAAGAUGUUAAUAUACACACUUGCUUACUUCCUGACUUAAGUGCGAAUGCAUUAAAUAUUAUGCUCAUAACUAUUUAUUCACAUGCAACUUCUGUCAGCUUUUUUACAUUUUACAAAUGAUCAUUUCAUCCCAAGAACAGUACUACUUUAAUAAGUAAGGGCUACUGAAUUUUUUUUUUUUUAUAGCAACUGAAUUAAUAUAUAAAUGAUGAAUUUAUAUAAAGCAAAGGCCAUGAUAUGUCCAAAUGAAACCUAGUAUACAAAUGAAGAUUUUUUGUGUGUGUUUUGAAUGGAGAAAAUUUUGGGCAGUAUUGAAUUACCACAUAGCACACAGAAGUAUUAUCAUACCAACCCCCGAAUAUGGCUUCCUUUUUAGCUAGUGCCAUAUUCACUUUGUGAGUGGUGAUUUAAAUACAGCAAAACCAUAUCAUAUAAAACAUUAUAUUUAAGUUUUAAUUAGAAUUUUACCAGUUUUAUGGUUUUGAUUGAUUUUAAUUUAAAAUUUGAUUUGAAUUCACUGUUAAUUUUAAAGAUACAAGCAUAUGGGAUUUUAUACUUAAUUUUAUGUUUGUACUCAGUUAAAUAUUUUAAUACAAUAUUGGUGAUCUGAAAAUUAUGAAAUUAUUUACCGUAUUUUAUGUUUUUUUGCCAACUGUGCCCUCCCCCUUCGAAGUGUUCUCACAAGUGCUACUACCAUUUUUUUUAACAAGUUGCUGUAAAAAAAAAAAAAUAUAUAUAUAUAUAUAUGUAUAUACGCACAUACAUAUAUUGCAGUAUUGGUGAUGCCGUGGUUAGGUGUUUGGCUGCUAACCAAAAGGCCAGCAGUUCGAUUCUACCAGCUGCUCCUUGGAAACCCUAUGGGGUAGUUCUAUUCUGCAUUCUAGAGUCGCUAUGAGCUGGAAUCGCCUUGACAGCAACAGGACUAUAUAUAUUGGUGAGAAGUCGUGGUGGUACAGUGGUUAAGAGCUACAGCUGCUAACCAAAAAGAUCAGCAGUUGGAAGCCACCAGCCACUCCUUGGAAACCCUAUGGGACAGUUCUACUCUGUCCUAGAGGUUCACUGUGUGUCAGAAUCGACUCAAUGGACAAAGUUUUUGGUUUUUUGGUUUAUAUAUUAAUGUGGUGACACUGAUGGAUGGGGGGACGAACAUUCUAAAAUACAGAAGGCUAGUUUUAUGAGACAGCCUGAAACAAAUAUUAAGAAAGGAAUACUCAUAUUUACUAGAGAACUCUUAAAAUGAUUCCUUGAUGUAGACUGAAGUCAGGCUGAUUAACUUCUCCUUGCCUUAGGUCUCAGAACGUUUAGAAAAAAAAAAAAACUUUUUGUAAAAAUGAUGU